AUGUCCUCCUCCACCUUCAGACGUCACCCCGCCUCUCUCCUCCCAUGCGGCGCGCACAAUCCUCAGCUUCUCCAGCUUCUCCACCAGAAUGUCUCGUACGACAUGGUAGUAUAUCUUGCCCAACAGACCACGCUCGUCAUCCCGGUAAACGAUGAGGAGCCUCCCGCCACUUCGACCGCUUCCUUCCCCGAUUCACAAGCGUCCAACAAGGCAUCCGGAAUUCCACCUCUCGAGGACUUCAUCGUUGCGGUCAUCAAGGCCUCGAACGUUCAGGUGCCGACUCUCCUCACUACGCUCAUCUACCUGGACCGCCUGCAUCAGAAGCUUCCUAAAAUGGCCAAAGGUAUUCCCUGUACGCGUCACCGCGUCUUUCUUGCCACCCUCAUCGUCGCCGCCAAAUACCUCAAUGACUCUUCUCCCAAGAAUAAGCAUUGGGCCGCCUACGCUAAACUGUUCGAUAUCGCCGAGAUCAAUCUCAUGGAGAAGCAACUCCUCUUCCUCCUCGGUUACGACCUCCGUUUCGACGAACUCGAGGCCAUCUCCCACUUUGAGCCCUUCCUCUCC